AGUGAUCUGAAAUCUCUAGCUCCUCAGACUGCGCGGAUUCGUUGUCGUCCUGCACAGUAUGAAAAAAUCCUGGAUGAGGAGCCAUCAGGUCUUGGACUCGGCUGUUCUUGCUACCACCUCUGUUUUUUCGUCACUCUGACAAAAUAUGAUUUACCUAAUAAGGUUAUUGAAGAGAAAAUAAGAGAAUAAGGUUGUCCCUUACUCUACCCAAACAUCAGGACCCCACAUCUACUCCUCUCACCCGAGGCUAAACUACAAUAAACUGUAAACUCGAAGUGUAUUCUUCCUUUAAGAACCAUUCAAUAGCCAAAGCAGGUUAUUUGCUUUUCCCGGAAAUCUGCCCUCUAGAGAAAAAAAGGGGAGGGGUAGAAAAAUCCCAAAACCAGGAAAAUAUAAUUCCAGUUCUGCGAUGCAUGGGUUCGUUGUGGCCAUUAAAAUUGUCCAUGGAACACAAAAAUCUAGCACUGUUACGUGGCGAAAUCAACAUGGCAAAAUGUUUUUUUAUUUCAUUGAAGGAGUUAGGAUGUAGCUUAGUUAGCACAGAGUGCCUGCAUGAGGCCCUGGGUGUCUGAUCUCAGCACAGAAAAAUAAAUGCCAUUGGAAAGGUAGUGGCAUGGUGGCUGUGUGUGUGUAACCCCAGCACCCAGGAACCUGAGACAGUUCAAGGUCAUCCUCCCCUACCUAGUACAUUAGAGGCUAACCUGGGCUAUGAGAUGCUGUCUCAAAAGAAAAAAAAAUGUAUUGAGGGAAUCUCUUAUCAGCUCUGAAAACAUGGAUUGGUAUUGGGCAGUCUUCUGGUAAUUAGGAAGAAAUAAUGAUGGUCAUUUUGAGCAUCAAGAUAAGUUUCAAAUGGACCAAGAGUGUUUUUAACUUUUAAUUUACAUUUAUUUGUUGUAUAUGCAUGGGUGAACAUGACACCAAGUACUUGUGGAAGUCAAGAGACAACUUGCAGGAGUUAUUCUAUGGGUUUUUCAGGCUUGGAGGCCAGUGCCUUUGACUACUGAGUCAUCUCUUCAGCCCAUAGAGGUCUCAGAUUAUAGUGUUAAAAAAUUAUGCCAUAUUUGUCUGCACAAGACCUAUCCCAAAUGGGGCCUGUCAUUAUCUCAUGGAGAGGGGAGGGCUCAGGAGGCCUUGUCCCUCCCUGAAGCUCUGUGGGCGGGGAGAGACAUUUUCCUCAGUGGUACAGUGUUGCCAUCCAUGUCUCACAGCUUCAGAAGCAAUCCUAACUAAACUCAUUUAUUGAAAGAGAAAAGAAGACAUGACAGUUGAGGGAGGACGGUUUAGGGAAGAGAAGGGAAUUAGUGGGGAUAGGACAAGAUCACAAAUUGGGAAGUAUGAUUAAAAAAAAUACAUUAAGUGCACGAAUGAAAUUGUUGAAUUAAUAUAUGCUAAUAAAAUCUUAAUAAAAAAGGAUAAUCAUAUCUCAAAAAAUCUCAAAAAAAAGGAUAAUCAUGAAAGUUCAAGAAGAAAACAUCGUUGGAUAUACCCAGAAAUCUUACCACAGCAAAAGAUUUUUUAAAAAUGCUUCAUGCUGUCCAGAAGCCAAAAGGAGAAAUGUUAAUACUUCUGGAUCUAUAAAACACGUGACCUGUAAAAUUAAGCCAGAAGGUUACCAGAAGCCAAGGCUAAAGGCAAAUCAAAUUUUUGGUAUGUUUUGGAGGAGCAUUUAUGGUAACCAUGGAAAAGGAGGUGCGGAGUACCAUUGUUUUCAAUGCAUACAAAAAGGAGGUGUUUACCACCAAUACUGGCUACAAAUCUUUGCAGAAAAGACUUCGGAGUAAUUGGAAGAUUCAGAGCUUGAAAGAUGAAAUCACAUCUGAGAAGUUAAUUGGGGUGAAACUAUGGAUUACAGCUGGACCGAGGGAAAAAUUUACUGCAGCUGAGUUUGAAGUCCUGAAGAAGUACCUUGACGGUGGUGGGGACAUCCUUGUGAUGCUGGGAGAAGGGGGAGAAUCCAGAUUUGAUACCAAUAUCAACUUUCUUCUAGAAGAAUAUGGAAUCAUGGUUAAUAAUGAUGCUGUGGUUAGAAAUGUAUAUUACAAGUAUUUCCAUCCCAAGGAAGCUCUGGUUUCAGACGGAGUGUUGAACAGGGAAAUUAGCCGAGCAGCAGGAAAGGCUGUGCCUGGAAUCAUUGAUGAAGAGAGCAAUGGAAACAAUGCCCAGGCUCUCACCUUUGUUUACCCAUUUGGUGCCACGUUGAGCGUCAUGAAACCUGCGGUAGCUGUUCUGUCCACAGGCUCUGUCUGCUUCCCACUUAACAGACCUAUUCUGGCUUUCUAUCACUCAAAGAACCAAGGUGGGAAGCUGGCAGUGCUUGGCUCAUGUCACAUGUUCAGUGACCAAUAUUUGGAUAAAGAAGAAAACAAUAAGAUUAUGGAUGUUGUAUUCCAGUGGCUCACGACAGGAGACAUCCACCUAAACCAGAUUGAUGCUGAGGACCCAGAGAUUUCCGACUACACGAUGGUACCAGACACAGCCACCCUCUCAGAGCAGCUCCGAGUGUGCCUCCAGGAGGGUGAUGAGAACCCACGUGACUUUACCACCCUCUUUGACCUGUCCAUUUACCAGCUGGACACCACCUGCCUCCCCAAGGUCAUCAAGGCUCAUGAGGAGCUAAAUGUGAAACAUGAACCACUCCAGCUUGUCCAACCUCAGUUUGAGAUGCCGCUGCCAGCCCUUCAGCCUGCGGUCUUCCCACCCAGUUUCCGGGAGUUAGCACCCCCUCCCCUGGAGCUGUUUGACCUAGAUGAAACGUUCUCCUCUGAAAAGGCGCGUCUUGCUCAGAUCACCAACAAAUGUACUGAUGAAGACCUGGAAUUCUAUGUCAGAAAGUGUGGUGACAUUCUUGGAGUAACCAGUAAACUUCCAAAGGAUCAGCAGGACGCCAAACAUAUUCUUGAGCACAUCUUCUUCCAGGUGGUGGAGUUCAAGAAAUUGAACCAGGAGACCCACUGACAUGGCAGCCCUUCAGGUGAUGUCACCCGCAUAGACUGUUUACAAUAUUCCUUAGUUCUGCAAGUACUUACCAAGUGUCUACAGAUGAACAGCACAUGAUGAUCCCUUCGAGAAUGGAACUUCUCUUCUAGCUGGAGGGUCCCAGCAAACAGUAGCAGAGUAUAUAAGCAAGCACUUAGCGGGCAAGAGGUGGUAAGUGAUGUGGUGUCGAAAAAAACAGAGCUAGGCCAGAGGGAUCCAGUGUGCCAGCAUUUAUUAAAAUGAGCAGAGUUGGCCCAGUACACAUGGAUGCCAGAGUCUGGGGUACUGUUUGUAUCAGAACCUUCAACUGUACUUGAGUGGUGCAUGGUUAUUGUGAAAACUUCAUCCUUGGGUUAGAAUCAACCAUCAAGUCAACUAAUUCCUACUUGUUCCAACUAAUGGUGAUCUGGAAUGUCAAGCUGAUGUUCAAAAUACCAAAGAGGUUCUUAUUUCAGACCCUAAACUGAAAUAAAAUAAAAUAAAAUUCUGUGUU